UAUCUCCUAUAACAAUCAUGUCAGAGACGGCUGUCAGUUGCAACGAAAAAUCGAUGCCACUCCAUCUCCGAGCCCGAGGUCCAAUGCUACAAAGACGUGAGAGCCAAGUUUGAGUGGGGCACGGACGCACGGCCGAACUCUGAAGUCUGAACCAAGGCCAUCGUGCCGUCGCGCUCGGCUUCGUUCAUCCCUGCCUCCUCCUCGUGCCCGGGCCGUCGUCCAUUCCGAUCCGGAUUCUGUGUUUGACGACCCAGGUACUCGGCCAGCAUCUCACAUCGUCGACAAUGUCUCCGGCUUCGAUCGCGGCCACCGCCCCGCCGUGGGCCGACCUCCUGCCGGAGCUGUGCCACCUCGUCACGGAGCGUCUCGACCCCAUCAGCAUCCUCCGCUUCCCGGCCGUUUGCAGGGGCUGGUCCGCGGCCUGCGAGGAGAAUCCUCGCCUGCGGCCGGGCGCGCCCGCGCUGCUCACGUCCGGCUUGGACACCGACGGCUGCGAGAUCGAGUCCAACGUUGACGCGGGCGCAUUCGGCCUCCACGACGUGUCUGGUGCCGACGCCGGCGGCAAGUCCUUCCUCGGUGAGGCCGAGGGGCUGAAAGGCCGGACCUGGGUCGGCGGCAAGGACGGGUGGCUGGUGACCACGGACUGCGGCUGCGACGUCGAGCUCCUGAACCCCGUCACUGGCGCCCGGGUUCGCCUGCCGUCCUUCGCCACCAUCCGGGGAGUCGAGGUGCCGGGCUACCUCCACGUCCGCACCACCAGAGGUGGUCACUGCCACAAGAUCCUCAAGGUCGCGCUGUGCCGGACGCCGGCGCACCCGGACGGCCACCUCGCCGUUGCUCUGUUCUCUCAAGGUCUGCUAGCGUUCACGGCGGCCGGCGCCGGAGACAAAGGAGAGUACCGGUGGACGGCAUUGAAGAACCCCACGUCCGCCUCGCGUUCAGAUGUCUCGUACAUGGACGCCAUCGUCCUCGACGGGAAGCUGUUCGCCGUGAACGAGGUCGGCCGCAUCUACUCCUGGGACAUGGACGGUGGAGCCACGACGGAGCCCGCGGUGGUGAAGGGACCGGAGAUUGAUGAGAGCAGCGGCCAUGACAAUGACCAUGACCGUUGCGGGUUCUACCUGGCCGCCGCUUCCGGCGGCGGCGGCGGCCAAGAGCGGCUUCUGCUGAUCUACGUACAUGGCUACGACGUCGCCGACAUGUACAAGUACCGGGGCAGGUGCUGGGACAGUCGCGUGUGGAGUAGGCUGGUGUUCGACGACAGGAGGAGCUUCCUCGAGCUCGGCAUGUCGCUCCACGAGCUCGACGCCGGCAGCGGCACGUGGCGGCGCGUCGCGGACCUCGGGGGAGAUCGCGCGCUCUUCCUGGGGGCGAACUACCCGUUCUACGUCAGCGUGCGGCGUGGGCGUGCGUCCGAGGAUGAGGCCGAUCUUGAGGCAGACUGCGUGUACCUCGCCGACACACCCUACGGCUGCGACGCGGCCAUCUUUGACCUCAAGGUGGACGGUUACAUCAAGCAGCGCCUCGCGUACUCGCUCGUGGCUGACCCAUUGCAGAUGCCCAUGUGGUUCCUGCCAACGGACUACCCACACUAGGUGUGGUUACGGAUGGAGAUACUUUUGUUUCUAAAAAAAUAUCAUGCUUUUUUUUUAGUUAAAAUGUGCCUAAGAUUUAGUUCCGAAUCAGAAGUUACAUCAGAGUUGGUGCUAUACAAGCAGGUGUGAGUUAGAUAGAGCUACGUGUUAGGCUCAUGUAAACCCAGAUCAGCUUCACAAAAUUUAGGGAGUCGUUGUAGUUGUAACCAUAAG